AGAGGUGCUGUGAUUUGGACUGCAAUCAUAGUCGGCUGACCGCCCGCCCGCCCGUGUCAUGCCAGGAUUCCUGAAUGCUCCUCGCUAAAUUCCUGCCAAAAGUAUCAGUGGAUUUCUUGUUUUUAAUCUCCCAUGAUGCCUUAUUCGAUUAUUGUCAAUGCUCGCCAUCCCAUACCGGCUGUUAAACUCUAUAGUUUUAAACGGAGACAUUCACUUGAGCCCAGGCAGCAGCGGAGAAAUAAACCAACGGUAAAAAAAAAAAAAAUCAAGGAGGCUGGAGAACUGUCUUCCUUCAAACGCCAAAGGGGCUCAGCGUUGAGGGGGCACCAAAGUGUUUUUGCAACCGUUUCCUUUCAUUCCUCCUGAAAUGACACAAUGACGGCAAAAGUGAGGAGGCUUAAAAUAUGGGACACGCAAAUGGUAACGGCUGACAUGGGAAGUGUGGUUGCAAUGUCUACCAGCCGUGUGGGUUUGCUGAUCUUUGUCUUGUGCACGGCGCUGUCUUGUAUAGGAGAGGCGCUGGAUAAAAAGUCUUCCAAUCGCGACAAUGAAGUCAGGAUCCAUUCGGAAAACAUCACGCGUAUUCUCGACAGACUUCUUGAUGGAUAUGACAACAGGCUCCGACCAGGGUUUGGAGGUCCUGUCACUGAAGUGAAAACCGACAUAUAUGUGACAAGUUUCGGUCCCGUAUCCGACGUCGAAAUGGAAUAUACGAUGGAUGUCUUCUUUCGACAAACUUGGAUUGACAAGAGGCUAGAAUUUGAGGGGCCCAUUGAAAUCCUUAGGUUGAAUAAUUUAAUGGUCAGCAAAAUUUGGACCCCGGAUACUUUUUUCAGAAAUGGAAAAAAAUCUAUCGCUCACAACAUGACGACCCCCAACAGGCUUUUCCGGAUCAUGCAAAACGGGACAGUACUUUACACCAUGAGACUCACCAUAAAUGCUGCGUGUCCGAUGAGACUCGUGAACUUCCCAAUGGACGGGCAUGCAUGCCCCUUGAAAUUCGGCAGCUAUGCCUACCCAAGAAGUGAAAUCAUUUACACAUGGACGAAGGGGCCCUUGUACUCAGUAGAAGUACCAGAUGAAUCUUCAAGUCUGCUUCAGUAUGACCUUGUAGGCCAAACCGUAUCCAGUGAAACUAUGAAGUCCAACACUGGUGAAUACAUAGUGAUGACAGUAUAUUUUCACUUAAAAAGGAAGAUGGGAUACUUUAUGAUUCAGACUUACAUUCCAUGCAUUAUGACAGUAAUUCUCUCCCAAGUGUCAUUCUGGAUUAAUAAGGAGUCUGUCCCAGCUAGAACAGUUUUCGGUAUCACUACAGUUUUAACCAUGACCACACUAAGUAUCAGUGCACGCCAUUCGUUACCCAAAGUAUCCUACGCUACUGCCAUGGAUUGGUUCAUUGCCGUAUGUUUCGCUUUUGUCUUUUCUGCGCUCAUCGAGUUUGCAGCUGUGAACUACUUCACAAAUCUUCAGACUCAACGAGAUCUCAGAAAAACAGCCAGAUCGGCAGCGUUGUCAGCAGCAUUGGCAGUGUCUGAUUCAGAGAAGAACGUUUCGCCGUCUGACUCUAAUUGCAGCUUAAAGAAGCGAACUCCAACAUCGGCAUCCCAGAAGGAGUCGGCGGCCAAUGCAGGAGCAGAUGCAAACAGCCGUGCCGACAAUGUCUCAUCUAUUCUGUGCACCCUUUCUGGUCUCACUUCAUCGCCACAACCAUCACCCGAUACAGGAACCAGCAAAAUAGACCAAUAUGCCAGAAUCCUUUUUCCAUUGUCAUUUGGUGCGUUCAAUCUGGUGUACUGGAUAGUGUACCUUUCAAAGGAUACGAUGGAAAUGGGAAGUAAUAUAUAACUUUCUGUGCUAUGUAAUAUAUAUGUACACCUGUUAUAUUAGUGUAUACUCAAAAACAAUGGAUAUUAAAGAGUAUAUUAGUUCAGAAGCACAAAGAAGUGUUCGGACGACAAUAUAAGCAACUGGAGACAAAAUAUGUUACUGACUUGAUAAACUAUUCCAAAUGUUCUUUUUUUCUUAUGAUACACAAAAACUUAUACCAAGCGUAAAGACAAGGACCAAAAUGGCAACAACAACUGAAGUUAAUUGCAUUUUUUAAUGUGUAAAGACAGCUUUGUAUGUUUUAUGUAUUCUAUAGUUAUGGAAUAUGAUGUAAGUAUAGUAACUGAUUCAGUCUGUAAACAUAGCAAAUUUCCAUUUGACUUGUACACAGGGACAUUUUGUGAAUUAUACAGUACGUACUGGAACCAUGUAAAAUAUUUGUUUUUUCAGGUUCAGUACUGCGAGAUUUUAGAAAAUACUUUAUUUGUCUGUUCACUGUGAUUUGAGUAAACGACUACCAUUUA